AUGUGGUCGCCUCGUCACUCUGACCCUUGCCGAUGUCUGCCGGACGACAUGCACCCUCUCGGGUCCGGUAUUUGGUUCAAGGAAGAGGACACUCCUAACUUCACCGGAUCUUACUACUCUAAGACCAAAGCUAUGGUUAAUGUUCCGCCUCUUGAAUGA